CGGCAAAGGGUUCGGGAGCAAACCUACGACGGCCGUCCAACAACGGAUUUGAAUAUGUUUCCAUUUAUUGAUGAGAAGAAGGCUGUCGUCAAUAAAGUUAGGAGAGUAGAAUCAAGUCGGCAAGGAAGCAGAGGGACGAGAGGGAAUGCGACGGCGGGGGUCGGGAGUUGGCUUUGUUUGUGGCAGGCGGCAGGCACGGCGGGCGCCAGUCGUCGGGAGCGGCAGGUGCGAGCACAGCAAGACGCGGCAGCCGAGCGCUCCGGUCUUUGACCAUUUCGCUGGAUCUUCUUCUUUCUCUCGUAUGCUAGUUACUACCGUCUACACAUGUGAUGCCCUAGGUCUUUGAUCUACCCUUAU